UUUUUGGGGUCGCUCUUGAACCAGAAUCACUGCAUCAGGAUUGGCUGGAACUGGCACUGACCCAUGAUGCUCCUCAUCAUUACGACACCCUUACUCCUGAUGGACAACCCAGGUGGCAUUCACAUUGUUUAGUUGGGGCUAUGGACGCCUCCUGUCUCUGCUGAUUCGCCUUCCAUCAGACUUGUCCUCAAAGCAAAAGAUGGCAGAAACUUGUCGCAGUCACGGCUACUGGAUUGGAUACCUUUACCUCUGCCGUGAGCUUCAACAUCGCAAAGAGGCAUUCUCUACCAUCUGUCAGCUGGAUGACCUCACCCUACUAGAAGAACCUUAUGGUGUUGAGCCUCAGACCUUGGAUGAGUGGAAGCUCCUGAUCCAGUUGUCUCAGCAGUGUAACAGCGAGGUAGAGCAAGUUACAGGUGUGAAUGGGAACGGGCUGACAAACGGCUCAGCAGAUUGUGAUCAAAAGGUCAACCCUGAGAACCUGACUCUGAGACUGGCUCAAACAGCCGGUCCUGACCGUGCACUGGCUGUGUUGGAAGAGUGCGGUGUGCAGAUGCCACUUUCACCAAACUCCAGACUGGUUGUGAGCUGCUUAGAGUAGCAGAGAAAAGGCAAAGGGCAGUGAUCCAGGUGAUGCUUGAGCGCUGUGAUCGAUUCCUUUGGUCGCAGCAUGCCUAACUCAGUGUCCUCCAUCAGCAUAGCAGAACUGUCUAUGUAAGUGUCUCUAACUGUUGUGUGAGCUGUAGCUUGAAUAAUUUGCUGUAAUAUUUAUCUGAAAUUCAUAAUGUAUCUUCUCAGUGAACACAGUAUUAUUUUUGGCUGCUGAUGGACAUUGUUUGGGAGUAUUGUUUGUAUUUUUUUAUUGUGAUUUAUUUGGAUUUAUAUCAGUGCUGUAUAGAGUUUGGUCGCUUUUCGAUUUUGCUAUUGUAUUUAUAUGCUUAUUUUUGUGUACAGGAACUAGAAUUUGCUCAUAUUUGUGAAUUAAGAAACACAAACAUAUCACUAUCCUGUUAUAAGAAAAAAAAACUGUGAAUUAAAUGCACAUAUUCUUAGGGUGAAAUGUACUAGCCUGUUAUGAUAUCAAUAAAGUGUGUGUGUGUGUGU